AUGGAUAUUCUCAUAGUAACAGUAACAGUGAUCGUGGUCGCAAUACCCGAGGGACUACCGCUGGCCGUGACCCUCGCCCUAGCGUUUGCGACGGCCCGCAUGCUCAAGGAAAAUAAUCUUGUGCGGCAGCUCCGUGCGUGCGAAACGAUGGGAAACGCCACCCCGCAGCACGCCGCCAUCUCGGGAGUAACGCAGAGAUACCUGGUCGCCUUGAAGGUUCUACUGGUCAAGAGCCUCGUGGUCAACUCAACAGCAUUCGAGGAGCAGCGUGAGAAUGAAAAGGUCUUUGUCGGAAAUAACACGGAGAUUGCACUUCUUCGGCUCGCACAGACAUGUCUUGGUGUGGAAGAUGUGUUGACUGAGCGAGAGAGAAGCAAAAUAGAACAGGUCUAUCCAUUUGACUCGGUACGCAAGGCGAUGGCGGUCGUGUAUUGCUCGGAAACAGGGCAUCGAUUGCUGGUCAAGGGAGCAGCAGAGGUCGUCCUCGGUGCGUGCACUGAAGUAGCACUUCCAGGAUCAUCGGACGAAACAUCAUUAGCCAGAGCUGAGAUGUCGGCUAAGGAUAGGCGGACGAUACAUGAGCAAAUCAAUGUCUUCGCCCGAGCCUCGCUACGGACUAUCGGAAUUGCAUAUCGCGAGCUCGAACACUGGGGUUCUGGGCGGACUGGAGACCAUGAGAAGGGUGCCCUGGAUUUCGACACACUGUUCAAUGAUCUGAUCUGGAUUGGAGCGUUUGGCAUCCACGAUCCGCUGAGGCCCGAAGUCAAGAUGGUCACUGGUGACAAUAUCAACACGGCGUUAUCCAUCGCCGUCUCCUGCGGAAUCAAGACGGACAAUGGCAUCGCAAUGGAAGGGCCCGACCUGCGGAAGCUGACUGAGGAGCAGCUGGAUACGAUUAUUCCACGACUGCAGGUCCUGGCUCGCUCUUCCCCCAGUGAUAAGCAGCUCCUCGUAGAGCGUCUCAAGCGACUUGGUGAGACGGUGGCUGUGACAGGCGACGGGACCAACGACGGGCCAGCGCUCAAGGCCGCCGAUGUAGGUUUCUUGAUGGGCCUGAGUGGGACUGAGGUGGCGCGUGAAGCAAGUUCUAUAGUUCUACUCAACGAUAACUUUCGUUCGAUCGUUACUGCCAUUUCCUGGGGCUGGUGCGUCAAUGAUGCCGUGGCCAAGUUUCUGCAGACAGUUCAACUCAUAGUCAACAUCACCGCUGUCUGUCUGACCGUCGUGACGGCUAUCUACAGCAGCUCUAACGAAAGCGUCUUUAAGGCAGUCCAGUUGCUGUGGCUCAAUCUGAUUAUGGACACCUUUGCCGCCCUGGCCCUAGCGACGGACCCUCCUACCGAAGAGAUCUUACAGCGACCCCCGAGGCCACGGAGCGCGCCGUUGUUCACGUUGACCAUGUGGAAGCUGAUGCUGGGGCAAUUGAUCUACAAACUAGCCCUCUGUUUCACACUGUUCAAUAUCUUCCAGGGUAUUCUGAAAAAUAGAUGGUUUAUGGUGAUCAACGCCUUGAUGGUUGGUGGACAGGUGCUUAUCAUCUUCGUCGGAGGUGCAGCGUUCGGUGUCACCAGGCUGAAUGGCUCGCAAUGGGCGAUAUGUAUUGGAUGCGCCGCCUUCUGUAUCCCUUGGGCCGCAGUGUUGAAGCUCAUACCGGAUCGGCAUGUUGGCAGGCUUAUGUCCAUUGUCAGAAUUGCCUUGGGGGUUCUGCUUGCUCCACUGAGACUGAUGUAUCGGGCUCUCACCCGAACCUUCGAUGGCCUCUUUCGAAAAGUCCACGUUCGGAAUGAUGAAGAAUGGAAUGUCUCCCCAGCGGAGCUGAUUCGCGUCCAACGAUGA